AUGCGGUUAUUCACUGAAUCAAACACUGGCUCUAACGUUGCUCUCGUUCCUGCCGACAUUGUCUUAGCACCAUCAGAAUGCCCCUUGACUGAUCUCGAGUACGCCGACGAUGUUGUUAUAUUCGCGGAAAGCAGUACGAAACUUCAACAUGUCAACCUUGUAUCGAAGUUGGCUGCAGCCUAUGGACUACGUCUACGCCCCGAUAAAUGCAAGCAGAUGUGGAUCUCUUCGAGUCCUCAAACGGGAAUCAGGGUGAACGGACAACCGAUAGAACUUGUCAAUGAGUUCUGUUACCUGGGCUUUACGCUGAAGGACAACGGUAGCUACGAGAGUUCAGCAAAGAUGCGCUAA